AUGGAGACUCUAAGACAUAUACGGAAAAAAGAGUGUAUCGAUCACGUCCAGAAACGCAUGGGUACGCAUCUCCGGAAUGUAAAAAAGAAAACAAAGGGCCUCGGCGGAAAAGGUAAACUAACUGGCAAAUUGAUCGAUGAACUGUCAAUUUAUUAUGGUCUAGCGAUACGCAGAAAUCAUGAUUCUGUAGAGAAAAUGAGGACUGCGAUCUACGCAACGCUAGAUCACAAAUUAUCAACAGAUGCCAAGCCCAAGCACGAUCACUGCCCGAGCGGAGAAAAUUCGUGGUGCUCCUGGCAAAGGGCCAAGGCCACUGGAACUUUGGACGAAUAUACACAUAAACCACCUUUACAUGAAGAAGUAUACAAGGCUAUAACUCCAAUUUAUGAAAAAUUAACCAGUGAUGACCUACUCACUCGUUGCAUAGGCGGCUUCACUCAAAACAGCAAUGAGAGUUUCAACGCUACAGUAUGGUCGAUGGCCCCGAAA